AUGGCCUCCAGCGCCGCGUCGUCCCCGGCAGCGGCAGCGCCGAGUACUGCUCACGUCGACGUUAAAGUUGCAAUCGCCCGACCACCAUCACUAUGCAUGAAACCAGCUCAGACCCCGCCCGCCACUUCCCCGCCAUCAUCUACCACCUCCGCGCCCUUGUCUCUCACAAGCAGAGAAUGGAUCGUCCCUCCUCGGCCCAAGCCAGGCCGGAAGCCAGCAACGGAUACCCCUCCCACCAAGCGCAAGGCGCAGAAUCGCGCUGCCCAGCGAGCCUUCCGAGAGAGACGCGCUGCUCGGGUAGGUGAACUCGAAGAACAACUGAAGCAAAUCGAGGAAGAGAACGAACAUGAACAAGAGAUCCUGCGAACGACGGUGGAUAAACUCGAAAAAGAAAUUGAGCACUAUCGAACCGACCUAGCACACUGGGUUGAUCGGUGCAGGAAACUAGAGAACGAGCUGGCUGCUGCCAGGUCGACAACUGCCGGAUCACCUCCAGGCCGAGAUAAGGCUCCCACUUCCGCCGACAAUGCAACAAAUGAUUCUUCAAUCGGGUGCGGAAAUUGCACGCUCGAGACCCGCUGUCAAUGCAUAGACGACGCCUUCGCGGCGAUGGGCGGCGAAGCGACUGAGCCCCGUGACGCCCGUCAUCACGAGAAACGUCCGCUCUCCCCAUCACACAGAGACGGUGGGGAGAAGAGGAUCAAAGUUGAAAGCACGGAGAGCUUGGAAACAGACUUCACGGCAACGUACGCCUCGGACGCUCUCCCAGAGCGCCCUCAUUUGGGCAACCACUCUCCUACUUCGGCGAUGGCGGAUCCAUGCGGCUUUUGCUCAGAUGGCACACCGUGUAUCUGCGCCGAGGUCGCAGCUGAGCAGGAACAAGCACAGACCGCGGCCAACAGCAGGUCGUCGACAGCAGCCGUUCCCAUGCACAUGCCACCGAGACAACUCGACCAAUUCACACCACCUCCAUCUGAAGGCGAUGUGUCCAUGUCUGCCCUACCCGUCGCUGCUGCACCUUCGGGGUGUGGAGCUUCAGGGCCGGGAACGUGUGCUCAGUGCCGCGCCGACCCGAACAGCACUCUGUUCUGCAAGUCUCUUGCGGCCUCCCGUGCUCAAUCCCAGACCGCCAACACACCUUCCUCAGGAUGCUGCGGCGGGCAAACCCCCGGUGGAUCUUGCUGCCAGGCGAAUGUCGGGAACAACACUGUGCCUCUGCCCAGAAGGAAUCGCACAACCCGGUCCCAAGCCGCAGCUACGCUAUCCCACCAGACCGUGGCUCAACAAAGCUCCACAAAUGUGCCCAGGGCAGGAGUGACACUCACCUGCGCGGACGCCUACACCACCCUCUCGCGACAUCCCGCCUACGAGCGCGCCGCGGGCGACAUUGCCGAGUGGAUGCCCAAGCUACAUGCCUGCGAGCCUACCAACCCGGGCAUGGCCGGGAGGCCGGCGUUGGAGAUUGACGCCGCGAACGUCAUGGCUGUCCUGAGAGAUUUUGAUCGGAGAUUCGGGAAGAGUGCCUAA